GAAGGAGCGUCAACCCCUCAUUCCUCUUUGAAGAGUUCAGUUAAGAGGAAGGCUGACGGAAAGGACGAUCCUCCUUCUAAGAAGGUAGCUGUCAGUGCAGGGGAUGUGCCUUCCACGAAGUCGCCUCCCAAGUCUGGUCACGGUGCUGGGAAAGGAGUGAUGACCUCUUCUGGUCCCGUCAUUGAGGGACCCCGUUGCUUGCUGACCCACAAGGAUUAUGCUGUUGAGGGGGUAGAAUCCCUCAUAAAACAGACGGAUCUUGACCCUUGUGCUCAGCUAGGGACGGAAGACCUGGGGGCGUCAGCUUUCUUUGACAUAGCACGGGCCUUGGUUCGUGUAAAAGCACUUCAAGACCGGUGCGUGGCCAAAGAAGGCGUCGUUUCUCGGGUUAGGAGGCAUAACGCCAAUCUGAUGGAUCAGCAAGCGCAAUAUAAGGAGGCCGUCCGUCUCUUAAACUCAGAGCUGAAGGAUGUAAAGGAGAAGUUGGGAGAGGCUGAGGGUCAGCAGAAGAAGCUUGAGGAGGAGGUUUCAUCCUUACGUGCACAAGUAGAGACGGCUGGGACUGAUGCGGUCCAAAAAUUCAAGACAACCCAGUCAUUUAUUGACUCCUGCGCUGAUUAUUACGGCACAGGUUUCGACGAUUGUCUGAGGCAGGUAGCGUCAGCUUAUCCAGAGUUGGAUCUAUCCGGAAUUACCAUGGACGCCUCCGUGCCGAUGACUCCUGCUCGUGAAACUGUUGCUGACAAAGGUGACGGACCUAUUAGUUUGGACUCUUUGCUUAAUGAUGCCGGAGUUAUUUUGGCUCAGCCAGCCGUCACUAUUCCUGCCGAGUCUUCAGAUGCGGCACAAAUUGCCAAGGAUAAAGCUGACGGGGUCUCCUAG